AUGUCUCGAACGUGUUGGUCAUCAUGGACGGGACAAAACCGUGAAAUUCAAGAACAAUAUUCAUACAUACCCUAUGAUGUAGUAACAUUAUUUCUUAAACAAUGUGAUGUUUAUAAUAGUAGACAAGCUUUUCCAAAGCCAAUAGCAGGUAAAUCAAUAAUAUCUGUUGGAUAUCUGAUACGCGUACAAAUGGAUUUAAUCGACAUGCAUAGUGCUCCAGAUAGAGAAUUCAAAUGGAUAUUACAUGUGAAAGAUCAUUUUACCAAAUCUUCGUGGGCAUAUCCAUUACAAACAAAAGAAGCAGCACCAGUUGUUUUAAAGCUUUUGGAUCAAUUUUAUAGCUUUGGCCCACCUCGAAUUUUACAGUCUGAUAAUGGGAAAGAAUUCGUCGCACAAGUUAUUAAGGAUUUAAGAAAUACGUGGAAAGAUUUAGUCAUUACAAAUGGUAGACCCUGUCAUCCGCAAACACAAGGAUUAGUCGAACGAGCUAAUCAUACAUUACAAUUGUCGCAUACAUAA